AUAAUACGCCUCUAUAAUUUUUUUAUAAAUUUCUACGACAUUAGUUUAAUAAAUAUUGAUAUAAAUAAGAGAUCUAAGAAUAAUACACUACAAAAGACAAUGUCAAUGUAAAUAGCGAUGUGAAUUUUAUAUCAAAUGGCGAGUUCUUUAGAAAAUGAUAUAGGUGUUAAUGAGAUUGAUUUUGCAGAGAUAGAAAUUAUACAGACAAUUGGAGAAGGUGCAUUUGGUGUCGUUUGUAAAGGAAAAUGGGACAAUAAAUAUGUGGCAGUUAAAAAAUUAAGAGGUGAUUCUGAAAUCAAAGCCUUUCGGGCAGAAGUCAGACAAUUAUCAAGGGUAGAUCAUGAAAAUAUAGUAAAACUGUAUGGAACAACUAGAGACCAAAAUGUAUUCUGUUUGGUUAUGGAAUAUGCUGAAGGUGGCUCACUUUAUAAUGUUUUACAUUCAUCGAAAGUACCUUAUACAUUAGCACAUGCCAUGAGUUGGGCAUACCAGUGUGCCAAGGGAGUGAGAUACUUACAUGCAAUGCAACCUAAACCGUUAAUACAUAGGGACUUAAAACCUCCAAACUUGUUACUGAUAAUGGAAGGGACUCGUUUGAAGAUAUGCGACUUUGGCACGGCAGCUGAUAAAAACACCCAAUAUAUGACGAACAACAAAGGAUCCGCCGCUUGGAUGGCACCUGAGGUUUUUUCAUCGACGUGUUAUACUGAGAAAUGUGAUAUAUUCAGUUGGGGCAUCAUUUUAUGGGAAGUGUUGUCCAGAAAAAAGCCAUUCCAAUCCAAAGGUUCGGCUUUUGCAAUUAUGUGGGCGGUUCAUAAAGGUACUAGACCACCUUUAAUGCGUAACUGUCCGAAACCCAUUGAAAAAUUGAUGACUGAUUGUUGGACUGCUCGUCCUGAAGACAGACCCAGCAUGAAUGAGGUUGUCGAACGUAUGGAGACAAUUUGCUGCCUCUUGUCAGGUGCUGACGAACCUAUUCGAAUUAGCGACGACAUGUAUGAUGUAGAUGAGAGUCUAGAUGAGGAAGAAGAAGAUUACGAGAUUUCUAGUCAUUUUGCAUCAAUGGAUCGGAGAUGCGAUUCCGUUAAACAAGUACUACCUCAACCAACUGGUGAUAUGAAGCAACCUUUAAAUAUUCAGGUUGAUCCUAAUGCUUGGGAAAGAAGUUACGAAAUGCAAACGAUGGCUGGUUUCGAUAGAGCAGUUCCACGCAACCGUGCAACGAAUACGCUACAAGCCAGCAUCCAGGAAACUGUUGGCAGAAACCCAACUAAAGACGACCAAAGAUUCUUAUUAGAUUGCCUAGAGCCUCACUUUAGACCAGUUACGCCGGACCAAAACAAUCCUGCUUCAAUGCAACUGUACGAGGAUCAUCAUGAACUGGCUAAAGAAUAUUUAAAAGUACAAUCAGAAUUGGUGAUGGAGGAACAGAAGAAACAACAAUUCCUGGAAGAAGAGCGGAAGGAGAACGAGGAGUUUCAGAAGCAAAUUCAAAUUCUCCAGCAAGAAAAGGAGUCCCUACUGGCGGCUCGUAAUAUGCUUCAAGAGGAAAGCUAUAGGAUUAGAAACCACAAUGCGAAUAAUAGAGAAGAUGGAUGGGUGGUAAUUAAUAGAAGUCCGGAAUCUAGCUGAUAUCAGUAUUGAUUGUGUUAAUGUUAAUAUGUAUUAUAAUUUAUAUUUUAUAUUGUUAGUGACUUUUUAUAAUGUAAUUUUAUAUUUGUAAAUGUAUAUAUAUAUAUAUAAAGAUUUGUGUGAUUUUAA